ACCGGGCCUUAAUAGUUAUUACUUGUUAGUUAUUUGAACUGAAGUUAUAAAUUAAUAUACUAGGGGCUAGUUUAGUUAUUAUGUCCUUCAAGAACUUAACUUAUUAGGUAUCAAGUUUCAAAAUCUACAAUCAAUAAUAUCUUGCAUCUACUUUGUUUUAUUAGGAAGUCAAUCAAAAAUGUUUUCUAGAAAAUAUUUUUUCACCAAUGUUUUUAUUAAGUCAUUAAGUUCAGUCAACACAAAUUGUUAUUUUAAAAUAUUAAAACAAGUUAAAAACCAUUCGACAUUUCAUAAAUGGACAUUAGACUAUUUCAGAAACCAACCACAGUACAAUAAGUUUGUAUUAAAAAAACCUAUAACUGAAGACAACAAAUCUAUAAAUCCUAUAAAUUUAAAUACAACUUCUACUGACGAAUUACUUAUAAAAUAUUUUUCAUUGACAAAUGUUUCCCGCUAUGAAAUUGAUAAAGAACUAGAAAAUCGAGUAAAUGAUAUGUCAAUUAAUCAGAUACUUGCCUUAAUGGAUGCCUGUUUAUCUGGAAAAACUCAGUUUCACAAAAGCUCAAGAUCAUUUAAAAAAUGCAUUGAAUUAAUGGAUGAAUUAUGGUUUCGAAGACCUGACUUAACUACUUUGCAAACAAUACAGUUGAUUUAUUAUGUUAGUAUACACAAAAAUAAGUCGAAACAAGUGGUCGAAUUUGGAUUACAGAAAUUAAUGAAUGAAUUCAAUUAUUUGAAAAAAUUAACUGAUGAAGAAUUAAGUGUUUUAGCUGUGGCAACAUACAAAAGUAGUGCAAAAGUUUAUGAUAAAAUGCUGAGAAUAUUUGCCUACAGGGUAGAAAAAAACUUAGACAAUCUUUUACAAAACCCUUUGAAUUUUGUAUCUAUGAUUAAACCACUAAAAAGAGCAAAGUAUCAUGACCCUAUACUAUUAGCUCAUCUAAUUAAUACAUUAAAUAGUAAUAAAAAUAACAAAGUUUUAGAAGAUGUGACUAGCAGCAUUCAUCUUCUUACAUACUUUGCAGAUGCAAAUUGUGGUGAUGUAAACUUUUUGCAACAUUUAAUUGAUUCUAUUGGGGAUACUAUGAUUAAUGAUCGUUUAAGAAAUUACCGAGUUAAAGAUGUUUCUAAUUAUGUUUUUUCAGCCAGUUACUUAGGUUUAACUCCAAAGAAUCCUAAUGUCUGUAAAAUAAUUAUUGGUUUCUUAAAUGUCGUAUUUAACUCUAAAGAAAAAUGCCAAAAAAUGUCCAAACCAUUAAUAGGAAUGUGCUUAUCAAUGUGGAUGUUGAAUUAUAAACCAAUACAAUUAAUGCAGUUUUUAUUUUUUGAAGUACCUGUUGCAGCAUUAAGAAUGCCUAAUGCUCACAAACAAGAUAAUAGACUCAAUCUUUUAUUAACAUGUGCUCAUAUUGAACAACCUGAUUUAAUAAUGGGAUGUCAUGAAUUAAUUGACGAAACUACUAACUCCAUGCCUGAUCCGUACAAACAUUUAGCGGAACGUCCAUUCUUGGUAACGGUAUAUCAAUCCCUGCAGAAACUAUCUCAUGAAUUGAAUAUUAUGAAUGUGGCAUAUAAUUUCAGUAUACCUCACUUAAGAAUAUUAGGAAUAAAAAUUAUUAGAACAAAUGGUGAUAUCAUUUAUCUAGAAGUUUUGGAUAAUAGUAAUUGUCUUUAUGAUACAUCAAUUCCAAAUGGUAUGAUGAAACUCAAAUUUCGUCUUGAGUCAAAGUUAAACUUUUUUGUAAUUAAAGUAAACCAGAAAGAAAAUACCUUGCAUAAUCCAAUAGCAUUAAAAUGCCACCUGAAGUCAUUACUAUCCAACAAAUAAGAGAAACUUUUUAUGAAUAAAAUGCAAGAUGUAGGUAUUUUUCUCAGUUGAAUAUUGAAAUUUAUUUAUAAAUUAAUUAUUAUUAAUUAAGUACUAAGUAAUUAUAAAUGAAAAAUAAAUACC